AUGUCAGGAGUAAGUGCGGUGAGCUCGGCGUUGCCUGCAGCUACAACCCGUACCACCUCAUUCAAGGGCUCCUGCCCCAGCUCGAAGUAUGUGAAGCUGAACGUGGGUGGGGCGCUCUACUACACCACCAUGCAGACCCUCACCAAGCAGGACACCAUGCUCAAGGCCAUGUUCAGCGGUAGGAUGGAGGUCCUCACAGACAGCGAAGGUAUUGAUGAUGACAUGGGUUGACUGCACCCAGAGUUUCCCAAACCUUUGUCCACUGCGAAGUCUUGACGCUCCAUGUUUCUUCAUGCUGCAUAGGAUACGAUUCUCCCAUUUGUACAGGCUAGCUGCCCUUGCAUGCCUCCCAUCAUGUCUUCUGAGAUGGCGAGAUAUGAAGAUACACACACACACAGUCUACUAUCUCCACUAUGUUGUCUCUGCCACUUCUCAAUGUAAUGAGCCCUGUCCUCUGCUGCAGGCUGGAUCCUUAUUGACAGGUGUGGGAAGCACUUUGGGACCAUUCUGAACUACCUGCGUGACAGUGCUGUACCUCUGCCUGAGAUCCGGAGAGAGGUGGAAGAGCUCCUGGCAGAGGCCAAGUACUACCUGGUGCAGGGGCUAGCUGACGAGUGCCAUGCUGCCUUACAGGUAUUGUGUAUCACCUUAACACACGGUAAACACUAACCUGUAUCUUGGUGUCUCUCCUCUGUGUGUGUGCUGGUGUGGCCCAUCAUGCCUCCAUUGAAUUAUUUUUGUCCUGUUUUCCUCCAUGCGUUCAGAACAAAGACAUGUAUGAGCCCUUCUGUAAAGUGCCCUUGGUCACUUCCUCAAAGGAAGAACAGAGACUCAUCUCUACCUCCAACAAGGUAAAAAAAUAUUUCACAAUUUACAUGUAUGAUUAGACAGAAAUGUCAUAGGGUUGUAUUUUGUUUGUUUCUCAACACUGACUACCUCUGUGCCUUUUCAUUUUGUAUUACAGCCCACAGUCAAGCUGUUAUACAACAGGAGCAACAACAAGUACUCUUACACAAGGUAAGCUAAACACUACAUAUGAUUGUGGGAAAAUACUUAUAAUGAGCACAUCACUGUAUUUCUUAAAUGUACUGUAUGUGUGAAGGGGAUUGUAUCAUGGAUAAUUAUAAUUUAACUUGUUUAGCGCUUUUCAUUACAGAAAAUAAUCUCAAAGUGCAUAAAAAUUCAAACAAACAAAUUUAAGUUGAGAUGGAGAUUGAAUGUCUCUAUUUGGCUUCUGAUGAAAGGCUGGGAGUUGAGGCAGUUUGGAUUGGAAAGGCGGUGUAGUUUCAGCGGAGGGGGCAUCGAUGGUACAGCAAGAGAGAAACAAAGACAGUCUGACAAACAGGCACAGAGCUCUUCAUCAGUGCACCACAUUUGCUUCUCCGACAGUCAGUUCCUCCAUAGGACCCGCUCCUCUGUAGGUACUGGUCCUCCAUUGCCAAACAUGUAACACCCACCCGCGUGAUGCCACGGCUGCUGAAAAGAUCACGAAAAGCCACCACAUCUUGGCAGUCCCUGAGCCUCUUCUGCCAUCUCUAGACCACAGCAUGCAGUACUUGUUGUAAUUCUUCCCUACAGAUGAUACAAUAAAGCCAGGACCGCAUUAUUUGAAUCCAAACAGCCAGCUAGCUAGCUAUAAGCCAAGAUAUACUUUUCAUCCCAAUUCUGCAACUCUGAGUCAAGACCACGAGAUGUAAGUGAUCAACCCCCAGAGCAGUCGUGUAUAGCAAUUUGAACCGAUUGACAACUAGACAUUAACAUCUGGUGUCAUUACCUUUUCACAGCAACUCCGAUGACAACAUGCUGAAAAACAUUGAGCUGUUUGACAAGCUCUCUCUGCGGUUCAACGGCCGUGUGCUCUUCAUCAAGGACGUGAUCGGGGAUGAGAUCUGCUGCUGGUCAUUCUAUGGGCAGGGCCGUAAGAUCGCUGAGGUGUGCUGCACCUCCAUAGUCUACGCCACAGAGAAGAAGCAAACCAAGGUAUCCAGUUUCCCACAGCAAGAGCACACUUGUAUGAUAUGAAUGUUUCUUGCUCUGACCAAAGCAUAGACUAGUCUCCUAUCAGUGAGUUAUCUGUCAGUGAGUAGUCUUGUCUUUGUACCUAGAGCAGUGUUCUAAGCAGUAUCGUCUUUCCUCAGGUGGAGUUCCCAGAGGCUCGAAUCUAUGAGGAGACACUCAACAUCCUGCUGUAUGAGUCUCAGGACGGGCGUGGUCCAGACAACGCUCUACUGGAGGCUACAGGGGGCGCUGCAGGCCGAUCCCACCACCUGGACGAGGACGAGGAACGGGAACUCAUCGAGAGGGUGCGCCGCAUUCACAUCAAACGCCCUGAUGACCGCACCCACCACCACCAGUAACUAUAAGAGCCAACCAACAUUAUCAGUAUCCGCAGUGACUAUUACCCAUCACUGACAGAACAUGUGCGAUCACACUAUACCCACAGGUAAUCUCACAUCCUUGACAUUGACAACAAGUGACCUCUGUGCUUCUGCACCACAGACACUUGUGAACUCCACUCAUGAGUAGAGCAUUAUUUGGGUGUUACAGUUUGUGCUGCUGUCCCAAAUGGUCGUAUCAGUGUUUUCUAAACCCUCCAUAAGAGCUGUUCUUUUUAUCAGUGGUCAAAGAAGACUUAUUUGACCCCCUGUAUUUCCAUAUGUUUUGUAUGUCUCGUCUUUGUAUGAAUGUAGACGUUACGUGUCCAGUAGAAGAUCUUGUGCCUUAAGUCUGUGGGUUUAAGUGCAGCUUACAAUCUGAUUUACUUUAUUGUGUCACUACAACAUUGCUUGGAAGUUCAUGUAUUGUCACAGGGUAGCAAGUUCAGGUCAAUUGUAUUUCAGUGAUUAUACUAAUACACUGUAACAAUACCUUUAACUACCACCGCAGUUUUAGAGAAAUGUUUUAUGAGA